AUCGGCAUAAUGAGUUCCUCAAGUACUGAUGAUACGGCUAAUGAGGAAAAGGAAGAAAAAAUGAAAAGGUUCUCCAAAUUAAGACAUAUGAUUAGAAAGAAGCGCGAAUUAAGGCAAAAGAAAAAGAGUAAAAAACCCACGCAAAUGAUUUCAAUGUCGCCAAGUCAACUACGUCGUAUUUCUAACUCAAAAACGAAAGAACGCCCAAAGAGUUUAAAGGAGCAUUUGAUAGAAUAUUUAAAGGAAAAAAAAUAUAUAGAAGACAUUAAAGGGAAAAUUGAGAAAAAAGAAGAGCAGAAGAUCGAAGAACGUUACCUCGAUUACAACGAAGACAAAUCUAAAGUGAAAGUAAAGGCUAAAGAAAUCAGAGACUUCACACAAGAACAAGAAAGACAUAAUCGAAAGAAGAAAAUUAAUAAAAAGCAAAAUAUCCCCCUUUCACGGAGACCUUUAAAGAAAAGAAAUAAAAAGGGAAUAGAUAAAAAUGGAAAUAUUCUCAAAAGUAACACAUAUAACACUUCAUCUAAUUUAGUUCAACCAAAAAUUCAACCUAAGUUAGAUAUAGACCAUAUUGUUAAUAAAUGUGCCAAUGAAUUCAAGACUUCGAUAAAAAAUAUUAUAGAAGAGUAUGCUAAUUCUGUGAUUGAGCCUAAUUCAGUAAAUAAUAACGGAAUUGAUGAAAGUACAUCUAAAGAAAGUCAAAGACAUGAUUCAACGAACGAUGAAAUACUAAAACCUUAUUCUGACUGGAGCACAGAUUCUGACAAUCAAUCUGACAUUAUGACGCAAGAAGACGAGGACUUAGAAAUACAAGUAAGCAAUCGAAAACUGUUGAAGCAACCUUUAUUAGAAUAAUACACAAAUACAAAUUACAAUAUACAAAUAGUUAAUGUUUACUGCAAAUAAAGGACUAAUGGAUCAUAAGAAUUUUUUAUUACUAUUUUAAUACCGAUCUUAACGUUACAUUAAAUUUUAUAUGAAACCUUAAACAGUUUUAUGUCAAUACCCUUUUAGUUUGACCAUUCCAAAAUUUAAUGUAAGCGGUUUAAUUAGUGUGGAAUAAACCAAACGGAUUUUUUUCAAUCGGUUACAAGCGACCAAAACCAGAAAAAUAAUGACAGCAUAUUAUAUCGUUUAUAAUGACCUUCAGGCAACAUCCUAGAAUUUAUUAUCUCCGUCAUUGAACGAAUUUAUCAAGUUAGGUUAUCCUGCAG